AACAACUCAUGACAUAUUUUUUCUUUUCCAAAAUAUAAUAAAUCACUCAAAUUCAAUGAGUGCUCAUAUACAGUACGUACUUCGUACCAAAAUUUGACGGUUCUCUGCCUAUGGAUACUGUAUUUCUUUACCAGAGGUCUCUAGCUGUAUUUUCUGAAAUGGUUGGGUGCACGACAUCGAAAGAAUUAAAAAAAAUAGAGAAAUAAUCUUAUCCCAUCCAGCACCCGAGGCCCGACGGUCGACACGUGUCCCGUCCACCUUGGCCCACCUCCGCGCCUACCUGAACCUUCCAGAAGGAAUGGGCGUGAAACAGCCACGGAACCUUCCGGCCUUCGCGCACUUUCCUCGGCCCACCACUCUGCUAGUCUGCUUCGCCCUCCCGCCCCCGGCGCCGAGAAUAAUCCUGCGCUAUCUCCGAUCCCGGCCGUCGGUGCCACGCCAGAGCCGCAUCAGACGGCCCAGCACAGCGCCGCAGCGAGAUAUCUAGGCGGCCGGGCCCACUACCUGGCUAGCUUUCUCUCGGUACGGGUUGUUUUUGUCGCAGCCCGGUUCACAAAGCGGGUCGGGUUUUCUCCUCGUGCAGCUGCAGCUAGCAGCUGCUGCCUUUCGGCCUUUCCCACCGUUUCUCUCUCUCCUCCCCCUCUCAUUUCCGUGCUCCUCCCGUUGGAGUACAAAAAACUUCCUAUUCCGCAAUCGAAGCUUCCAGAAGGCUUCUUCUUCCGUACCUUCCACCCAACGCGAGGGGUCUCGCUCGUUCCCGCAUCUGGAAGCUAAGGUCUCCCCGGCUCAGAUCCGGCCGGGCUGCUGCGGUGGCGAGAUGGCCGAGCAGGGUGGCGCCACCGGGGAGGCUGGCGGCGGCAGCGAGCCCCCCGCGCUCGCCCCCGCCCCGGCGCCACCGCCGGCCGCGGAGGCGGCGGGGCAGAGGUCGCUGCCGACGCCGUUCCUGACCAAGACGUACCAGCUGGUGGACGACCCGGCGGUGGACGACGUGAUCUCGUGGAACGAGGACGGCUCCACGUUCGUGGUGUGGCGGCCGGCCGAGUUCGCGCGCGACCUCCUCCCCAAGUACUUCAAGCACAACAACUUCUCCAGCUUCGUGCGGCAGCUCAACACCUAUGGAUUUAGGAAGAUCGUGCCCGACCGAUGGGAGUUCGCCAACGACUGCUUCCGGCGCGGGGAGAAGCGCCUGCUCUGCGACAUACACCGGCGGAAGGUAGCGCCGGUUCCGGCCGCGCCGGCAGCGGCUCUGGCGACCGCCGCCGCGGCGGCGGCUUCCGGGGCGGUGACCGUCGCGGCGGCGCCGAUCCCCAUGGCCCUGCCGGUGCCGCUGCCGGGCUCGCCGGCGCUAUCCUCCGACGAGCAGGUGCUCUCCUCCAACUCCGGCUCGGACCACCCGCAGGCGGCGCCGUCCGGCUCCGGGGGCGCGUCCGCGUCGGGCGACACGGGGGAGGAGAACGAGCGCCUCCGCCGCGAGAACGCGCGGCUGACCCGCGAGCUCGCGCAGAUGAAGAAGCUCUGCAACAACAUCCUGCUCCUCAUGACCAAGUACGCCUCCUCCCAGCAGCUCGACGCCUCCGCGGCGCUGUCCUCCGUCGUCAACUGCUCCGGCGAGUCCUCGGAGGCCGUGCCCCCGCCGCCGCCCCUCCCCCCGGCGAUCCUCGAUCUCAUGCCCUCGUGCCCGGGCCUGGCCACCGCGGCCGCGGGCCUCGUCGCCGACGCGGACCCCGACCAGGCCGCGAGGCUGUUCGGCGUUUCCAUCGGGCUGAAGCGGGCGCGGGAGGACGACGGCGACACUGGCGAGGAGGAGGAGCCGGCGGGCCACGGCGGCUCCGGCGCGGAGGUGAAGACGGAGGAGGCGUCGGAUCCGCGUCAGCAUCCAUCAGGCAGCAGCAAGGAGCCGUCGCCGGACCAGCACCCGUGGCCCAUAUACCGGCCCACGCCCGUGCACCCCUCGAUGCGGCCCUCCUGCAACGGGCCGGACCAGGGCGCCGGGUCCGACCAAGACGGGUCCAACUCCAGAUGCUUUUUGUGUAUAAAAUCAGCGGUCGUCAGAAUCCAUGAACUUCUCGCAGUUCCUCGUCAGCUCUAGACUAGAGUUGCAGCCAUCUACAUGUACACGGCAUGGAACAUGUGGAACCAAAGAAAUCGCCGCACUUUCAGUGGGUUUCGCUCCCUUCGUAGUCCCUGCUGCCCUUGAUCAAGGCAAAAAUGGAAGUGAGGCGGCAGGCUUGUGAAGUCCGCAAGGUCGGCUAGUUAUCCAUGUGUUGUAGGACUAUGAGUUUGAGUUUUUUUAUGUAAUCACAAACUAUGUAACAAUUCGUUUUCUUUUUCUUAUAUGAUGCGGCAGUGCUCCUGCCUUUAAAUUCAAAAAAAAUAGAAUCCAUGAACUUUCAG